UUAGGAAACACACACACACACACACACACACUCACAGAGACAGUAUUUAGGACGAGGAAGCACACGCUCUCCACCUCAGUAGUGCCGAGUGGAUGCAGGAGGAGGAUGCAUGAUUCCAUGAUUCCAUCUCCACACUGACACCUUCAAACCUAAAACAAGGAAACGAGGAGAGGUGAGAAAGGACAACCAUCAGAUCUCCGGAUUAUAGCGUGAUGGAGAUGAAGAGCGGUGAGAUGGAGAGUGAGGAGGAACCUCGAGAGCUUCAGCGCUCACCCAGCACCUUAUCCAUCAACUCUGGAUCCAAGCAGUUACUGAAGCUGAAACGUUCUCUGAUGUUCAUGCGCAGUAAGAGUGUGGAGAACUUCUUCCAGCGCUCGUUCAGCGACGCCCGUUUUCCCUCCGACGCCGUCGACGACCCCCCGCCACCGCCAUCUCCACCCCCGACCCCGGGGUCACCUGUACACGCUAACAGUGCCACGCCUCCUCUGAGACCCGCCGCCGCCGCGCAGAGGCCCGUACUGACCCACUGCUUCACCGACUUCGUGUUCCGCCGACCAACCAGCUGCCAGCUCUGCAAGAACGUCAUCGUGGGGAAUUCCAAACAGGGUCUGCGCUGCAGGACGUGUAAGACCGCCGCUCAUCUGUGGUGCACCGCCCAACUCUCUCAGCAACCGUGCCAAGGAAAGGCCGGCAUGUUCAGGAGAAACUUCAGCCCUCCAUCCAUCACCAGCGACCAACCAGCCAAUAAAGAGACUCCAGUUACCCAAGAUGUGAAGGUGCGAGUGGAUCCUGUUUACGCUGCCCUGCGCCACGGGACGUCUCUCGCCCAGAUGAGUCUGUCUAGUUUUGGGAGUGUGUGUGAGUCUCCCACCCACAGCCUGGGAGACGGAGGAGAACAGAAGGACGAGAUGGAGAUGGACGUGGACGAACAGACCAAUGAAGACACAGAGAACGAGAGUCCAAAGAAGGAAGCAGAAGAUGCAGUAAAGGUUCCAAAAUGUUCCUCCAUCCACACGUACGUGGCUCUCUUCAGGUUCCUCCCUCAGGAACACAACGACCUGGAGCUACGUCCGGGUGACAGAGUGCAGGUGACGGACGACUCUAAUGAGGACUGGUGGAAGGGUAAAUGUGGAGAGCGGGUGGGGUUCUUCCCCGCCAACUUCGUACAGAGGGUGCGCCCGGGGGAGAGCGUGUGGAGGGUCACGCAGGGUGUCCAUGGCAACCGGGAGAUGGGUCACAUGACGGUGAAGGAAGAUCAGAUCUGUGUGGGGAAGAAUGAGGACACUGACGGCUAUCUAAAGCUCUGCAGCGGCAAGAAACGAGGUCUGGUACCCACACGCUCUCUAGAGGAAAUCUAACCCAGCACACGUACUGACCCACUAAACCAGCACCGGGUUCAACACUGAUCCCCUCACUCAGUCCAGCUCGGCCACGCCCGGCACGUUUGUUCCAAUAAAGACCAGUUACAGUCGUGAUUAAUCAAUACAGAUUCAUGUGAGGACUAAUUAUGAGCCCUGAUUUUAUAACUGGGUGAAGUGCAUUUAGAGUCGUGGUUUAUAAACAUGUGGGUUCUGCUGUUAAACUACAACCAUCCCACCAGCACCAGCACCAACACACACUUACCUGAGUCUGGAACGGGGGACAGACUUCUUUAUAUAGCACACACACAGCGGUACCUUGUUACUCAACGUCCCCUAAACUCGAAAUCUUUAAAACUCGACGCCCUUUCUGGAGAAAUUUGUUCCCUUAAACGCCUUUUUUAUUAAUUAUUUAAUUUUAAAUUAACAAUGAACUGCUGCUUCUGAAUCUGCAUCAGUGUGGAAUAAGCGUCAGAUCCAGGGUUACAGCUCCACAUGUAUCUGUGUUUAUCUGGAUUCUCCUCCCUGUUUCACUUUUAAACUUGUGUUACAGCUCCAGCUUCUGAGAAAUGGUGAGAAUCAGAAUCAGCUUCUCCCAGAGUCUAAAACGCUUCUGGUUCAGAAUAAAGCUUAACGUGGUUUAAUGUAGUAAAAGAAGGAGACAGGAGCACUAAACUCCUCUUCAUUAUUACUGCUCAUACGUUCCUCCACUGAUCACAUUCCUCACUCGCUGUUUUACUACAAUAUGUCACACCGUUCACAGACACACUCGACAGCGCUAAAGCGGAAUACGGUAUUCCAACAUCAAGCAUCUCCAGCAUUAAGAAGCGUCAGGAAACAAUAA